AGGUAAUGGGUUCAGACUGUGGGAGGGGUGGGGCUCGCCGACCCCAGGAUCUGAUUGGGCAGGGUCUCCAGUGCUGGGGAGCAGGGAGGUGGGAGGGGAGGGUGCCCCUACAAAUCCCGGGGGCUAGAGCAGGCCAGGGCAUCUUUGGGUGGCGGAGUGCAAAGGAGGCGACCUGCAGCAGAGGAGUCCUGGUCACCAGCAACCAUGACGGACCAGCAGGCUGAGGCCAGGUCCUACCUCAGCGAGGAGAUGAUCGCUGAGUUCAAGGCUGCCUUUGACAUGUUUGAUGCUGAUGGUGGUGGGGACAUCAGCGUCAAGGAGUUGGGCACGGUGAUGAGGAUGCUGGGCCAGACACCCACCAAGGAGGAGCUGGACGCCAUCAUCGAGGAGGUGGAUGAAGACGGCAGUGGCACCAUCGACUUCGAGGAGUUCUUGGUCAUGAUGGUGCGCCAGAUGAAAGAGGACGCAAAGGGAAAGAGCGAGGAGGAGCUGGCUGAGUGCUUCCGCAUCUUCGACAGGAAUGCAGAUGGCUACAUCGACCCGGAGGAGCUGGCUGAGAUUUUCAGGGCCUCUGGGGAGCACGUGACGGACGAGGAGAUCGAAUCUCUGAUGAAAGACGGAGACAAGAACAAUGACGGCCGCAUUGACUUCGACGAGUUCCUGAAGAUGAUGGAGGGCGUGCAGUAAGGAGUGGUCAGUCGCCUCCACCAAGAUCACGUGUCCCUAGGGUGUGGGAGACUCCGCCCUGCCGGGUCCCCACCAGGGAGGCACGGCCCCUUGUGGGUCUUUGUCUGCAAGGAAUAAAAGCAAAUGUUCCAAAA